UUUUUUUUUUUUUUUUCUCUCUCUUUGGUAAAAUAACCAAUGAAAUCACUUGGAUACUUGUUCGCGGUCGAAUUGGUUUUCAAAUACCGCCAUCCCCUCCUUCCUUCCGUUCUCCUCUCCAACCCCCCUCCCCUUCCGUCUGUUUCCUUUCUUUUUAACUCUCUCUCUCUCUUUUCUGGUCUAGAAAAGUUUGACUUUUUUUUUCUGUCAUUAUUAACAUUAUUGUCUUUCUUUUAUCAAACAUACGAACACCUUUUCUUUUUUUUUUUAUAAAUCAAUUCCUCAUUGUCGACUUUUAAUUUCUUUCAACUUUUUUCCCUUUUAUUUUCCUCUCUCUCUCUCUCUCUCUAUAGUCCUUCCUUUCCCUUUCUGUUUUCUUUUUUUCACAAUCCCUUCAUUUUUAUACUUGACUUUUCUUCUCUCAUAGAUUCUUUUUCUUUUAGUCACUCCUUUAUUUAUUACUUUAUAUACACGAUGCCUACGGAUGACCAACAAUCUACUGAACCUCGACAAAAACGUGCCAAGAUUGUUAGUGCUUGUAGUGAAUGCCGACGGAAAAAGACAAAGUGUAAUGGGGAACAACCUUGUCGAAAUUGUCAAAAGUCUUCUGUACCUUGUGUAUAUCCAACAUCACAUAGUGACGAUAAACGAAAUGGACCUAGCAAAGCAGCAUUAGAAGCCAUCGAGGAAAGACUGAAAGCCAUCGAAGAUAUGUUGAAAACUAUUGUACAAUCACAAUUAUCUAUGGGUGACCUUGAUCCUGCAGCUGUCAAUAAGUUUUUGAAUAAGGAUCCAACAAAACCAAAUUCUCCUCCUCCACAAGGUGGAAGUACACCAACUUCUUCUUCAGGAACAUCUUACCGUCAUCUUUAUAUUUCACCUUCACCGCAGCCGUCACCAUCAUUGACCAAUAGUAAUGCUCAAAACAAUAAUAAUAACAAUACAGUACCUUCACCUACUAUGAAUCAAUCACAUCGACCUUCACCACCAACUUCAACAUCAUCCACUUCUUCUAGUCAUGAAUUACGAUUACCUUCUAUUCAUAGUUUAUCUGCACCUUCGGCUGAACAACGGGAUCUACCUCCACUUGGUCAUAUUCAGGAUUAUUAUUAUUCUUCAUCUACUGCCUCAACACCUCCUCAACCAUCCGACGUAGAUAAUCAACUUGAUAGGAAACGAAAACGUCAAACGAAACAAUAAUCAUUGGCCAUCUCCUCCUUUCUUUCUUCCCAUAGUAUCAUUAUUAUUUUAUAUCGUUAGUAUAUUAUAAUGAUUCUUUAUGUCUUUUUUUUUUCUCCACGCUUGAUCCUUUUAGUACCUUGUGGUAUGAUAAUCUCCAUUCUUUAUUCUUAUUAUUAUUAUUAUUUUCACUUUUUUCUUUUAUUAUAUUACUACUCACUCACAUUAUUAUUACUAUUAUUAUUAUUAUUAUUAUUAU